GCAGCAUCUGCAUCCCCCGUCGCCUUCGAUCCAAACCCCACCUCCCCACACCCUCGAAUCAUCAGCAGCAGCCGCUCCCAUGGCGCCCAAGGCGGAGAAGAAGCCGGUGGCCACGGAGAAGGCCCCGGCGGGGAAGAAGCCCAAGGCAGAGAAGCGGCCGCCGGCGUCCAAGGAGGGCGGCGACAAGAAGGGGAAGAAGAAGGCCAAGAAGAGCGUGGAGACGUACAAGAUCUACAUCUUCAAGGUGCUGAAGCAGGUGCACCCGGACAUCGGCAUCUCCUCCAAGGCCAUGUCCAUCAUGAACUCCUUCAUCAACGACAUCUUCGAGAAGCUCGCCGGCGAGUCUGCCAAGCUGGCCCGCUACAACAAGAAGCCCACCAUCACCUCCCGGGAGAUCCAGACCUCCGUCCGCCUCGUCCUCCCCGGCGAGCUUGCCAAGCACGCCGUCUCCGAGGGCACCAAGGCCGUCACCAAGUUCACCUCAUCCUAGGCUUCAGACGCGUUUCAUGAAUCCAUUGGAUUCUGUAUGUAGUUAGCUGCAACAUUGUGUUCUGAAUGUGUAAUCUUGUGCUGCUUGUGGGACUGAAGAAAUGUUCAUGUGACUGCUCAAUGAAUAUUCUUGCCGCUUGAAGAAA